CUCGUUAAGAAAUGAAGAUUCGUAGAUCUGGGCCAAAGGCAAGAGUUCUGAGCAGUCAGAUUCUUAACGAGCGGCACCAGGGCCGGAGUCCUCGGACUGCACUUUGUAAUAGUAACAAGAACUUAGGCACAUGCAAGCUAAAACCCAGAAGAAAUUCAUCGACGGGAAUAGCCGGUCCCCCGUUUCCCCGCCGUCGUUCCUCACCUCGCAAGUCUAUUUCACUACUACGUUGACGCCGUCACCGCCCAGGGUUUCAACGUCGAAUGAUUCAAGCGCUACGCUGCACAGCCUUGGUCAAUCAUUUGGUUAGCGACACAUUAUCCAGUUCUCAUUGCCACGACACCGGUCCUGAAAAACACGCCUCGACCCUGAAGUGGUACAAGUGAAAGGUCUUCCUCAGAGUCUACCGCAAAGCACCUUGCCGGCUACAAGGGCGACCCGAAACGGCUGCCGACCAGGCAGAGCCGCCCGCCUUCACCUUGAUUCUGCUUACGAGCCCACCCACGACCCGCACCUAUAACUAGUUCUAGCAGUUUACAGACCCAGUUCGGUUGGGUGCGUACCUGGUAGCGCAGUUGGCAGGAUAGCUCCGAGCAGUGAUCGACGCACGCAGGCCACCAAUUCUCCGACGGUACUCGAUACGACCCCAUCCGACAAACCAUCCUCUCGAACAAACAAACAGCCACAGAGUAGACGGCUGCCGCUGCUGCCGCCGCUAAACUCCCAUUGAUGGGCCCGAACAUGUCUCUCACUAAGGUCGUAACACAGAUUGUCGAUCUCGAAGCUGCUUGAAGGGACUUACCAAGUACAUUCUGAAGUGGGGAAUAAAAGAAAAAAAAAAGUCAAGCUCGCUCUAGGUCGGCGUCUUCUCCUCUCACUUCACGAUGGAAGGCUCUCCCAUCGCGCUGGACGAGUUUGAGCCGCCGGUGCGCAUUAUAUAUCGAUUGAGACAGAUCUCGGGCUACAUCUGGGAUGAGGACAGUCCCAUAUAUCACACCAGUUAUGACACUUGGCACGUCAGCGGAACUCGCUUCGUUCCUGCCCAUGUCGCCUUCCAGUCGCCGACUGCGCACCACACACCUGUUUCGGCGUCUUCACCACCAAUCACAUCUUCCUCCCUAUCGAGCGCGACUAGUCCUACCUCCUUUACAAAGCCGAGCCCCGUCCGUCCUCCUGGCUUGUCCGAUACACACAGCAGCAACGGUCUGUUCCCCGUUCAUUGCGAAAGCUGUAGCGAAUGCUCUGCCGCCUCCACGUCACCUUCAUCCCAGACACACGCAACCGAAGCUCCCCUAAUCGAAGAGCCUGUCGUGGCUCGUGUAUCUUUCCACGUCCUCCGUGAGGAAAGGGCCUUCCACAUUGCGAAGAACUUGAUUGCUGGCAGCGACCGGCAUUGUGAUCAUAUUGCGAAGCCUUUAGAACUCAUCAGAUUAGCAAGGCUGCCAGGUGACCGUGGCUCUGUCGCCGUGACCAUAUACAGUGAUGCGGGCGAGAACUAUUUACCGGAAGUCCUUGAUCUGGGCCCGGCUUUUUUCAAAGCUCGGAAAGCAGGAGAAGGUCUUGAAAUUAUCAAGAGGUCAGAUUUCAGGCUCGAAGACCCUAUAUCGUUACCUAACUUUCUCGAUUUCGCGAUUGGUGCGACCGAGUGCCUAGAACUGCUGCACCAUGGACAAGGAAUCAUUCACGGGGAGAUAAGGGGGGACGCGUUUCACUUUAAUUUGGAAAGUAAAAAGGUCAAGCUCGCCUCCCUGGGUUCGGGUGUUAGGUCCUUCGAACGUGGGUUGACGAGCACCGGCUGGUCCGCAUUGUCCAAAGAGACGGGUGCCAAAAACAAGCUUCUCUUCAUAAGCCCAGAGCAGACAGGCAGGAUGCCAGUCGAGCCAGACACACGAACCGACAUAUACUCGCUGGGCAUCCUAUUUUGGAUGCUCCUGACGCAACAGCCCGUCUUCGUUGGCGCAACGCCCUUGGACGUAGUGCAGAUGGUGCUCAACCGAAGAGUCGUCAACGUCUCCUCGGAGCGGAUGGAUAUUCCCGAAGCCAUUGGCCGUAUCGUAGCCAAGUGCACUGAAAAGGAUAUUCAUGACCGCUACUCCUCCGCCAGCGGGCUACGUUAUGAUCUAGAGAAAGUGAAGCAGUUCCUCAUAGAUGGCAACUGGCUGGCACUCAAGGAGUGGCAGGUUGCGGAGAGAGAUGUAUCAUCAUUUUUCCUGCUCCCGCCAAUAAUGGUCGGCAGGGAAGAAGAAAGGAAGCGACUGGGCAAGAUCAUAGAGCGUGCGGCUAAGGGCCAUGCGUUGAACUUGAGAGCCAACCCUAACAGAUUUUCCGACGGUUCGAACUUGUCCAACGAGUUUCCCGAUGGUGCCACUAUUUACGCCGAGAUUUCCAGCGAUGGAGCGAGCUCCGCAGACGGCAACACCACGAGGCAUAGUGGGUCUUUCACAAAUACACUUUCAACGGACCUCAGGUUCAGGAAUUUUUGCCAGCCAAGCCAGAGUUAUGACGGGAACCCCCUCUUCUCCCCGGACACGCUGCCCUCAGCCAACCCUAGCUUCUAUAGCGCACGUGCGUCGACAAGGCCCUGGGAUAGGCACCAGUCCGUCUCGUUCGACACUAGAAGUCUCGCAGAUACUGUAGUCAGUGCCGAGAGGGACCUCUCAUAUCGGCACAGCAGUGCCAUCGACUCUGUCAGCCUUGGACGACAGUUGGGUUCUGCAAAGCUUCGACGUAGAGGACACUGCGAAAUCGUCUUAAUCGAGGGUGCCGGCGGUCUUGGAAAAAGCUGCCUGUUGGAAGCCGUCUGGCCCGAGAUGAGGCGUAAAGGAUACGCCGCCAAGGCCAAAUUUGAUACCGCGAGGAAGGAACCCUUCGGGCCUCUCCUCAAGCUUCUGUCUUCGCUCUUCAGGCAAGUCUGGGGAGGAGAGAGUGACACCACCACGCCGCUCCACCAGGCUCUGAAGCAACAAGUGUUUCCCACAUGGAAGUCCCUACAUAAACUGCUCGACCUUCCCGAAUUUCUCCUCGGUACCGUCGAGCCUGUCAUGCUGCGAACUAUCCCAAUCGUCAACGGUGCCCCGAUCCCAGCUCACGGGAAGCUCGUGUCUCGUGCUGGUCCCAAACGUCGUGGCUCAUCACCGGGGUCUUCUAGUUCCUCGGCAAGGAAUGUCCGCCCCUCGACGCAAAGCUCACACGACUUUUUACGUGCUGGUACUUCAACAAAGUCGAUUAGGCUGAUGAACUCGUAUCUCGAUAUUCUCAGGACCUUUACACACUACAAGUUUAUUUGUUUCUGUCUGGAAGACCUACACUUUGCCGACGAUGAGUCCAUGGAUCUGAUAUCGCAGGUCAUCUCUGCGCGGCUAAACAUGUUGAUCCUCAUUACGUACCGACCUGAAGAGAUGACCGCGGCCAAGAUGCAAAAGAUUCUGACGCCGCCAGAUCUCGAAGAUCCUAUAAAAUCAACCGGGCUGACGAUCACAAGAAUCCCGCUCUCGCCACUUGUCGAGGACGACAUAGCCAAAUAUGUUGCGGCCACGCUGCGCCGUCCACCCGAGGAGAUCUCACCUCUUGUGUUGGUCAUUCAAUCGAAAACAGCGGGUAAUCCCCUCUAUAUGAGAGAGAUGCUUAGUGCAUGCCACCGCAAAAAGUGUGUAUGGCACGAUUAUCGAGAAAACAAAUGGAAGUUUGACCUUGACCGCCUCUUCAAAGAGUUUGAGGGGGAGCAAAACUAUGACGUUCUCAACACAGAUUUCAUCACUCGGCGACUUGACGAGCUUCCAGCGGCAUCACGAGCUAUUCUCUCGUGGGCCGCACUCCUCGGGACGAGUUUCUCGUUUGAGUUCAUAUGCCACUUGCUGAGCGGCGAGUUUGAUGACGAUGGCAAGGAUUGGCAUAGUGGCCACAAGCCAACAGGUUAUUCUCAAGAUGAGGCAGUUGCAGGUCUCGAGUCUGCUGUCCAGGCUUACAUCGUGGUUCAAGGUGAUCGAGAUGACCGCUUCCGCUUUGCGCAUGAUCGUUACAUCCAAGCCGCAGCCAAGAUAAACUCAUGCGAUACCCGCAAGAUGCAUUUCAUUGUCGCCCAGACUCUUAUGAAAUAUUGCGCAAGGGAUAAUCAUACCAAGGAGAACACAGCGUCACACAUCUGCGAAGCUCUGGGGAUCAUCAGAGCACAAGUCAAGGACAGGAUGGCUUAUCGCUCGCUUUUGUACGAGUGCGCCGAGGUGUCCACAGCCAGGGGCGCAAGGCCUACUGCUGCCAAAUACUUCAGCGGUGCAGUGGCGCUGUUGCAGACGGAUCCCUGGAACGAAACAAAUGAGGAUGUGUCCUAUGACGAGACGAUGCGACUGUACCUGGCAGCAGCCGAAUGCUACCUCUUUAUGGGACAGCUGCAGCUUGCCAGUGGGGUUCUUGACACUAUAUUCGACUGUGCAACAUCUGCCUUCGACAAGGCUCCCGCUUGGGUACUCCGGUCUCGUGUGUAUGCCCAGAGUGGGAACUCGACAAAGGCCCUUGCAUGUCUAAAGGAUUGCCUACGCACCAUGGGCGUUGACUGUAGGGAGGACCGGACGGUUGAGCAAUGUGAUGAGGAGUUUGAGAGGCUGUCGGCUAAAAUCCAGAGCAUGGAUUUCAACGACGUCCUGCAGCCUCGGGCAACGCAUGAUGAGGCGAGGGCCGACUCGAUUGGUGCAGUGCUGGCAGAAGCGAUCAGUGCGGCUUGGUGGAGUGACUGGCUUUGCUUCUACCAACUAUCUCUUUACAUGCUCGAGAUGCAUCUCACCACGGGCGCGAUACCUCAAUCCCCCAUGGCCUUCGUCCAAGUCUCCAUGAUAGCCCUCGCGCGGUUCAAUAGGCUCGUCCUUGCCAGGGACCUGGGUGAGUACGCCUUCGCGCUUCUCAACUCUACACGCGAUAGCUUCUCAAUGGCUCGGGGCUACAUGAUACAAGCCAGCUUUGUGGGACACGUGGUUCAGUCCGUUGGCUUGACUGCGGAACAACUGGAAUCCUCCCUGAAUUAUGCCGCGUCCGCUGGAGAUCGUAUCUCGGCGAUCCUUGGGUUUGGUCUGUAUGCCCAAGUCAGGUUCUUUGCCAGUGAGCACUGUAUCGACCUCGAGAGCAUCUGCAACUACAGCUGCGAGGAGAUACCAAACUGGCAGCUUGAUUCGCGCGGAGGCACUAUGCUCAUCGCUGUGAGGCAGGUGAGCAGAGCACUCCAGGGGAAGACGCGGGUAAGGGAAGCCUUGGACGUCCUGUCGGAUGACCAACAUCAAGCUCCUGCCUACAAGAUAUGGCUCGAACAGGCCAUGGAAAACACCAAUCGAGGCUUGAUCUUUUACGAGUCACUUGAAAUGGCACCCUUGUUUCUCUAUGGGCACUAUGAGCGGGCCGCAGAGGUGGGGAAGUUUUGCGUCGAAAACUCUGCGCUGAUCUGGUCCGCCAGGAACACGCGGUUUGCCAUGCUCUUCUACGGCCUGGCCAUCGCCGGACUGGUCUUGCGUCAGCGACAAGAUCCUCGUACCGGCCAGCGGACAGCUCCAGAUAGCACCGAUGUCCAAGACACGAUCCGAGAGCUCGAGAAACUUCACAAGCAAAUUGUGGACUGGCAGGUGCUGGACAAAGUCAGCUACUACUGUUGGUCCAAGCUUCUCGAGGCCCAAAUUGCCGAGCUGACCAAUGCGCACGGCGUGGCCCUGCAACGAUACGAGGAGGCAUUGGACCACGCCGCGGAACAUGAUUUUGUUUUUGAAGAGGCGCUGGGAAAUUAUCUCAUGGCGGGCACCUUUAUCAGGCUGUCGGCGAGGCGAUCUGCAUGGGCAGCUCUGAGAGACGCACUGUCUUCUUAUAGGCAGAUGGGAGCUGCCGGUGUUGCCGAGUACAUUGAGUCGGAGCACAGCCUCCUUAUGCGUGGGCCUACUGUCAACCCCCGGCUCGUCAACGCCGGAACGCAGACAGACGGUGACGCAGAAGCACAAAGUAAACACUACAACGUCCUUGGGGAUGAUGGCGCCGCGCAGCAACUCACGGAACGAGGCGUGGCCAUGACGGAUGCCAGCAACGAUAAAGUCGGCGCCUGGAGGAAGUCGAUGACCACCGUUGAGUUGGACAGCGGCCUGCCAUCGUUGGACGUCGUCGACUUGCACGCCAUAUUGCAGUCGUCACAAAUCAUAUCGUCAGUGCUUAAUGUUGACGAGCUUCUCAAGACCAUGUGUGACGUCAUAUUGAGUACCUGCGGUACCUCAGCUACACUGGCUGCUAUGGUUGUUCAGGAACAAGGCGCAGAUGUCCCAAGAGCCGACGCAGCACCCGAGUGGUGUGUGGCGGCAAGCGGUAACCCAGAGAAGGGGGCCGAGGCACACAGCCCGCGAAUUCCUCUCACAAAUGCGUCCGUCGUCGCCGAGAACGUGGUAUUGUAUACUACACGGUUCCGCGAGGCUGUCUUCGUUCCCAACAUCUUGACCGACGAUAGGUUCAGCAAUGUGAGCGCCACCUGGUUGCACCGCAACCCGGCCGGGAAGGCUGUUAUCGCAAUGCCAAUUUGUCACGGCGACAAGCCCUUGCUGGGCGUUUUGUACAUUGAGGGUACGCCAAACUCGCUCUCACAUCGGUACAGGGAUGUGCUUCAGCUUCUUGUCAACCAGGUGGGCAUCAGCUACUCGAACGCGCUCACCAUGAAAGCAGUCGAGAAGGUCUCUGCCGAGAACGUGUCAAUGGUCCAGAUGCAGAAACAGGCCCUCGAGCACGCAAUCGAGGCCGAGAAGAAGGCAAAAGAUGCUGAAGCGAAGGCUAGGCAAAAUGUCAAGCUUGCCGAGGAGGCGGCCAAGGCCAAGUCUAUCUUCCUCGCCAACGUCUCGCAUGAGUUGCGAACACCCCUCAACGGCGUCAUUGGAAACUCGGAGCUUUUGCGCGAUAGCCUCUCCAACAAGGAGCAGCUUGAGAUGGCCGACAGCAUCCGCGUCUCAGCCGAUCUCCUCCUGACGGUCAUCAACGACAUUCUUGACUUUUCCAGGAUGGAAGCCGACAAGAUGAAGCUAUACAUUAUUGCCUUCAACCCCGAGGAGAUGGUGCGCGAAGUCGUCCGCGCUGUAUCAUAUAGCAAUCAGGAAAAGACGAGAAGGAACAAUGUGCAGAUAAUUAAGGAGAUAAACCUGCCUCAGCUUCUCAUCUAUGGGGACCCCAUCCGCCUUCACCAGGUGCUCGGCAACCUCAUCGGCAACAGCCUCAAGUUCACCGAUCGCGGCUCAAUCACGAUAGGGGCGCGGGUCGACUCGGAAACCGAAGACAGUGCCACGCUGUCGUUCUGGGUCAAGGAUACUGGGAUUGGAAUUCCACCGGCGCAACUGGCCAAACUCUUCCAGCCGUUCAGCCAGGCGGACCCCAGCACAGCGCGCAAGUACGGUGGCAGCGGUCUUGGUUUGAGCAUCUGCAAGUCUCUAGUUGAGACCAUGAUGAAGGGCAAGAUCACUCUCGAUAGCGCAGAUGGCGUCGGGACAACCGCCAUGUUCACCGUCAAAUUCGACAAGGCAAGACCGGAGAUCAAGGCAGGCGAGGCCCAGCAGAUUAAACAAAUGGUGACAUCCCCAGAGACGGCACAGAUGCGAGCAGAACUGCAGCAUCAUCACCGCCAUCAACACUAUCACCAAUAUUACCACGAGGAGAACCUGGAAGCUGCGAGGGCAAUGCCUAGUGUAGUAGACCUUUCGCAGAUUCCCCGAGAGAUGAUCCGCAUCUGCAUCGCCGAAGACAACGCCAUCAACUCUCGCAUCGCUAUCCAAUAUGCCCAUCGACUGGGCUACAUAACGGUGGAUGCGUACGAAAACGGGCAGCUGGCGGUCGAGGCACUACGCAAGAAGGCUGCCGAGGGUGUACCUUAUCAUAUUUGCCUGAUGGACGUGCAGAUGCCAGUCCUCGAUGGCUACUCUGCUUCGAAACUCAUCCGAGAGGAUCCCGUCGAGGAGGUGCGCAGCAUUCUCAUCAUAGCGAUGACUGCGUCGGCCGUUGCUGGAGACCGAGAGAGGUGUUUGGCCGCGGGCAUGAACGACUACCUGGCUAAGCCGGUGCGCUCCGACGUUUUACGGAAAAAACUAGACGCUUACGUCGUUGGUGUCAACCCUACAGAGCAUGCCAGCGAACAGGCAUCUUCGUCGUCGACAAGCCCAAGUGCACCCACCUUCCCGCGGUACGAGUCUAACGGGGCAGCAUCUGACCCCCCGUCGAGGGAGAGUACAUCGGCCAGAGUCUCACCUCGACCGAGCAGCGUGGAAAACUUUGCCUCACCAAUGCCCGGAUUUCGUUCGCCUGGCAGCGAUGCACCGCGGUUAGCUGAGAGCAGCAUCGCUUCAGAGUCUAACGGAAACUCGGCCAGGCGACAGCCGCGGAAGCUGACCAAAAACCGGGGAGGCGCAGAGACAUCCAAGGUCGACAGCAACGUCAUGGUGGUUGAGAAGACGCCCAAAGUUCUACAAAAGAAGAACGCGCCUUAUCGUGCCGGCUCCACCGACGCGCAACAUUAUGAAAACCAGUCAUCACUGGGCUCAGGGAGGCUGGACGGCAACAGCAGGAGCCACAGCAUUGCGUCUUUGAGUUCUGGCGGCAGCAGGGAGAAAAUCGGCACCUACCCUGCUGACCAUUGAUAAACCGGAUGACUAUCUAUAUAAGGAGGAGUAAUGGUCGGGGGAAAUUCAAACACACCAGCUUCACGAGUGCGACACAUACACAGAUCACCGACUUAUAACAGACAUGUCGGCCUGAGGCCUUUUCGUCUUUGAUAGACACACACACACACACACAUAUAUAUAUAUAUAUAUAUAUAUAUAUAUAUAUA